AUGACAGAUGAUAUUUCAGUCUUGGAUCAAUGGAAAGCAAGUCUCUUUGUGGAGGAGUUCCUAGAGAAAAAAACAAUUACAGGAAUGGUGACUCAGAUUGACUGUGGGUUUGAGGAAGUUGUUCCAAGUUCAAACCCAAACUCCCAAACUGAAGUAGAAGAAGCCAGUUUAUAUACCCAUAAGGACUACACUGAAAUCUUUACACUUGUCAGCGGUUUAGAAAAAUGUCCAGCACUUCAAACACAGGAUGAAGAUUUGUCUAUUGAUGAAGAAAUAAUUUUUUUAAAUAACUUGAUGGCCUAUAAAAGUCAGCUACCAACUUUGCAUACUUUGUUGAGUAGGCUAAAACUAUUUUUGGUAAAGGAUCCCAUUUUAGAUUUCAAAGGACAGAUCUUCACAGAAGCUAAUUUCUUCAGGGAAUGUUUCUCUUUUCAAGAAGAUUUGAAAGGUCUAGUGGAAGAAGAUUUUUACAUGGAUAAAGAGAACUUUAGUCAGGAAAAGCUAGAAGAUACAGUAGGUUUAAAUCAAACUCCAUCAAUUUUGCCUGAGUGUGAAUUCUUAAUACCUACAAGCCUCAAACAAGAAGUUGAUAUUCCAUCAAUCUCCAAACUGAAGGAAUCCUUAAACUUAAUGCCAGAAAUAAUAAAUUAUACAGAUGAAAGUGAAAAGCUUUUCAGAAUAGAUCUUACUACCAAGCAUGGAAUUGACAUUGAGGAUAUAAAAUGCAGCUUCACAGAGAUUUUGGCCAUUCAAAGCUAUUGUGAACCAGAGUACAGUGAACCAGUAGAGUUAGAAAUGCCAUUAACUCAUCUACAUCUAACAAACCAACAUUCUUCCAUGACUUCAUUAUGUACAGGACUUCAGACAUUUCCAUUUUCUCCUAUUUGUAAAAUUAGUUUGCUUACUGCUGAAGAAUCAGCUAACAAAAACUGGAUGGUGUGGCAGUUAGAAAGCUGCAGAAGCUCAUUGAAACCAUUUUUGCUUACAGUGCCAAGAAGUGAAGAGCCCAACAGUCAAUAUUCAGUUAUGGAUUUGAAAAAGAUAUUUUCUAUUGAAGAAGAAAGUCUUGUAGUUAAUCCUAUAAGCACAGAGUGGUGGGGAAAAGGAGGACUAAAUCUGAAAGAGGCAGAAACUUUGGAACAUCUGAAAACAUAUUUGUGUCAUGAUGAUCUAUCUUCUGAUGAUACUAAAAUGGAGAUAUUUUUGCCAACAAAAGUGCUUCAGUUAGAAUCAUGGCUAGAACAUGAAAGUUGUUCCUCACCUAUUGUACUUAUUAAUGAGACAUCUACAAAUGAUCAUUUAUUACUUCCACAAAAGAUUUCAUCUCCGGCAGAAGAAGUACCAGACCUGUGUUUUUCUGAUGACAAUUUUUCUGUUAAACGACCAAAAGAAGAAAAACCAAAGAAUGAUCUAGAACUAGUUUAUAGAAUAAGCCAAAAUAAAGAAAAUGAAGAUUACUUGGAACUUGACUGCACAGUACCAUCUAUUGAAUCAUCUUCCUCUCCAAAAAUUGAAAAAGCAUCUUUUAAACAUGGUAAAAAAUGGGAGAAUGAUUUGGACCUUUUGAGUGACUUCAUUAUGCUGCGAAAUAAAUAUAAAACUUGCACCUCAAAGACUGAAGUCACAGACAGUAAAGAAGAUGAUGAUAAAGAAGAACAUUCUUUGACUCUUCAGGAAGAAAGUCCUCCUGUUUGUACUAAUAAAGCCAUAGAGAAAAUAAAUCAGGAAAGGAGAGUGGAUAAUGUCAUUGAAAUUCAAGCAUCAGAGAGCCAGUGCCAAGCAUUCUGUCUCCUAGAAGCAGCAGCUACUCCUAUCUUAAAAAAACUUGUAUGCCUCUGUACUCUCCCUGCUGCUAAUUGGACAUUUGCCACUGUCAUUUUUGACCAAACAAGGUUCCUCUUAAAGGAACAAGAAAAAGUAAUAAGUGAUGCUAUUCAGCAAGGUACAAAUGAUGAAAAAGAAAUGACGUUCAAGCAUGCUGCUCUCUUACAUCUUCUGGUAACAAUUAGAGAUGUCCUUUUAACAUGUAGCUUGGACACAGCGUUGGGAUAUUUGUCAAAUGCAAAAGAUAUCUACAGAAGCAUUUUAGGCUCCUAUUUGGAUGACAUUUGGAGACAGCUGGAGAUUGUACAGUUUAUUAGGGAAAAAAAGCCUGAAACCAACUACAAGAUACAAGAACUGCAAUGUCAGAUACUAAAUUGGAUGCAAAGUGAGCAACAGAUUAAGGUGCUGAUUAUAGUAAGAAUGGACUCAGAUGGUGAAAAACAUUUACUCAUUAAAAUCCUUAACAAAAUGGAAGGUUUAACAUUGACUGUCUUACAUUCAAACAGAAGGAAAGAUUUUGUGGAAUCUGAAGGUGUUUUAAAUGGUACAAGUUCCUGUGUAGUUGUACAUAAUCAAUAUAUUGGAUCAGAUUUCCCCUGGAGUAACUUCUCAUUUGUGGUGGAAUACAAUUUUGUAGAAAACUCUUGUUGGACUAAACACUGCGAGAAAUUGAAUAUUCCUCACAAGGUCUUCAAAGUGAUUCUUCCAGACACAGUUUUAAAGAGAAGCACCUUGCUGGAUAGUUUUGGUGGAUUUCUUUUGGAAAUUCAGGUUCCAUAUGUGUUUUUUGCAUCUGAAGGACUUCUUAAUACUCCAGAAAUACUUCGGUUGCUAGAAUCCAAGUACAAUAUCACACUAGUGGAGAGAUGCUGCAGUGAGUCGUUGAAACUCUUUGGAUGUACAGAGUGUUACGUGGUGGUGACAGUUGAUGAACACACUGCCAUAAUUUUGCAGGAAGAAAUGUACUUACUUGACUUUCCAUGUAUUAACCCAUUGGUGGCUCAGCUCAUGUUAAACAAAGGACCUUCACUGCACUGGAUAUUAUUAGCAACUCUGUGUCAACUUCAGGAGCUUUUACCUGAAGUUCCAGAAAAGGUGUUAAAGCAUUUUUGUAGCAUCACUUCCUUAUUCAAGAUUAGUUCUUCUUCCAUAACAAAUUCACCUCCAAGACCAUUACCUCAGGAAAAUGGGAAUCAGACUAGUACCUUUACCUCCCAGAGUUCAGCUUCUGGCUCUUCAAACUCUGUCUUUCAAGAACAUAAUGAAUAUUACCACUAUUCAGAUAUAGGAGAGACAGUGCACAGAGAUACAAACAGCACUUCAAACUAUAACUCUUCCCUUAUGGAACUAAGAGAAAUGCCAUGCAUUUUACCACCUGUGACUUCUUACAAUCAGGCCAGCUACUGGAAGGACUCCAGUUGUAACCCUAACACAGUGCACAAUCCUUUCCUGGUUAAUACAGAAUCAAGGAAUGUGGCUGGUAACUCCUUUCGAAACCAAAAUGAUUCAGAGUCAGAUGUCUUUUAUUUGGAUCUAACACAAAUGAACUGUGAAAACAUAUCACCAAUUGACACCCAGAAGAGAGUUGCCCCUAAUUUUAUAAAUUACCAGAAAAAGGGAACACAUGAUGCAAAAGGACCUAUAAAUAAAGAAGUGUCUGCCCCUAGCUUUUCACUAGAAGGCUCCCAAUCUUCUCUUCCCUGGAACUUUAAGAAAAAUCUUAUAAUUGCCCCAGGAGUGGAAGAGGCUGCACUGAUAAUUCGGCAAAUUGCUGAUCACAAUUUAAUGACCUCGAAGAGAGAACCUCAUGAAUGGUUGGAUAAAUCCUGGCUUGAAGUUUCACCAUCUAAGGAAGAAAUGUACUUACUUGACUUUCCAUGUAUUAACCCAUUGGUGGCUCAGCUCAUGUUAAACAAAGGACCUUCACUGCACUGGAUAUUAUUAGCAACUCUGUGUCAACUUCAGGAGCUUUUACCUGAAGUUCCAGAAAAGGUGUUAAAGCAUUUUUGUAGCAUCACUUCCUUAUUCAAGAUUAGUUCUUCUUCCAUAACAAAUUCACCUCCAAGACCAUUACCUCAGGAAAAUGGGAAUCAGACUAGUACCUUUACCUCCCAGAGUUCAGCUUCUGGCUCUUCAAACUCUGUCUUUCAAGAACAUAAUGAAUAUUACCACUAUUCAGAUAUAGGAGAGACAGUGCACAGAGAUACAAACAGCACUUCAAACUAUAACUCUUCCCUUAUGGAACUAAGAGAAAUGCCAUGCAUUUUACCACCUGUGACUUCUUACAAUCAGGCCAGCUACUGGAAGGACUCCAGUUGUAACCCUAACACAGUGCACAAUCCUUUCCUGGUUAAUACAGAAUCAAGGAAUGUGGCUGGUAACUCCUUUCGAAACCAAAAUGAUUCAGAGUCAGAUGUCUUUUAUUUGGAUCUAACACAAAUGAACUGUGAAAACAUAUCACCAAUUGACACCCAGAAGAGAGUUGCCCCUAAUUUUAUAAAUUACCAGAAAAAGGGAACACAUGAUGCAAAAGGACCUAUAAAUAAAGAAGUGUCUGCCCCUAGCUUUUCACUAGAAGGCUCCCAAUCUUCUCUUCCCUGGAACUUUAAGAAAAAUGUAUGGGAACAACAGAAUCACUCAUUCAACUUAGAAUAUGGUGUACAGCAGACUACAUGUGACAAAUGGUACUCUCAGAAAGAUAAUUUAUUCACUAAUCAGCAAAAAUGUCUAUCAGAUGAGUUAGAAGGCUUCAUAUGUGAAAGUUCAAAUGCUGGGACUAAAAAGACUUUCUGGAAAGAAUUACCAUCUGUCUCCAGUUUGGAUUUAUUUUGUGCUUCUGAUCCUAAUGUAAAUAAAAAAGAAUUCAGCAGUCUUUAUUUCCACCAAAGAGCUGGAAAAUGUUUAGGACAGAAAAGGCACUCUGAAUCCUCAUCUAACUCAGGAGACAAGAAAUCAUUACCAGAUUUCAUGUGCUCACAACUACCACAAUUCAAGAAACGGCGUCUAGUGUAUGAAAAAGUCCCUGGUAGAGUUGAUGGACAAACUCGUCUGAGGUUUUUUUGAAAGAAAGGAUAGUGUUCUGUGCCACAUUCCUUUGUUUUUGAUGAAAAUCUAGUAACAAAAUAAUGUAGAUUUGCUC